GCGCGGUAAAAACACAUAACCUCAAAGAAAAACAAACAGAUUUCGCAAUGUUGUAGGAGUACUAUAAUAAAACAGUUUUUUUGGCGGAUAAAGCGAAAGAAUUUUUUUUAGUGAACAAAAGAGAAUUUUCGGGAUGAGCACGAUAAAUAUACGGGGCGUUGCCGUGGAAUUCCCCUUCGAACCGUACGAGUUACAGAGAGAAUACAUGGACAAGGUGAUUGAAUGCCUGCAAAACGAAACAAAUGGCGUUCUGGAGUCGCCCACUGGGACCGGCAAGACCCUGUCGUUGCUGUGCUCGACUUUGGGCUGGUUGCAGGUGAAGAAAGCGUAAAUUCAGGCGCAGAGAAUAAACGGCAUUGUGGAAGAGGAGAAGCAGGGUUUUAUGGGGAAUCUGCUGAAAGAACUGACUGGAAAAGUGGAUAAAGGGACGGUAAAUAAUGCAGACAACAGUUGACGGGCCUUCAUGGGCUUACCGACCAUCAUAUACACCUCAAGAGCGCAUAUGCAGUUAUCACAGGCAAUAAAUGAACUUAGGCCGAGUGCAUACAAGCACAUGAAGCCUUGCAUUAUAGAAUCAAGGGAGCAAAUGUGCAUACAUCCAGUGAUGAAGGAACAGAGCAAUUCUGUCAGAACCCAGAUGUGCCAUUUGAAAGUGAAAACGCGCAGUUGCAUUUUCACAACCGCGUGGAACGUAUGAAAAAAGACCCUGCCGUCUCAGAGAGUCCGGUGAUGGACAUAGAAGACCUGGUAAAACUGGGCAAUCUGCACAAAUUCUGUCCGUAUUACAUGGCUUGGGAAAUCCAAAAGGAGGCAGAUAUCAUCUUCAUGCCCUACAACUACCUGUUUUACCCUAAGGUCAGAAAAAGUCUCGGCAUUGUUUUAAGCAACAAUGUUGUCAUACUGGAUGAAGCACACAACAUUAAAAGGAGCAUCAUUAGACACUUGGACCCAUCAGCAAGGAGGCCUCCUUGGAAUAUUUGCCUCUUUGGAAUCCAUGGACGAGCUCAAGGUGGCCUUUUGGCAUCCUCAAAGCAAAAUAACGGAUUGCAACCCCAUUUUCCUCAAUUUCAUGCCCACGGUUAUCAUGGAUCCCGCCAAAAUCGAGGAGGCAGUAACAAACAUGGCUAUGCAUUACGGUCCAAGAUUGUGGAAACUAAGAGUUCUUCAGGCUGAAAUCAUUCGACCAUCGCCGAACGCCGAAAUUUUCACCAUCAGGUUGUGCCUGGCCAACGCUACCGGCUACUACCUGGACAUCAACAGGAAUUAUAAGUUGUAGACAUUUUGUUUAAUAACUUUAAAGUCUGUUAUAGGAUUUUAACACAGUUCUAUUUUUUCUAAUUUAGAUUAAUUAGAGUUUAAUUUCACGUAUUGCAUUUAGAAGUCGGUCGAUAAACUAAAAAGUUAUUAAAGAUUAAAAAUUGUUUUCUGUAGCGUUAUAUUUUUUGACAUACUUGUAUUGUUUUCUUGAAUAACUUUAAUGCCUGUUGUAUUUUUUGUAGUUUGGACACAAUGGGAUUUAUAUUUACAUAUUGCAUUCGGAAAUCGGAAAAUAAACAAAAAAGUUAUUCAAGAUUGAAAAUCGGGUAUUUGUAACGUUAUAUUUUUUGACAUACUCUUAAUGUAGGUAAGUGGUAGUAGACGUUUUGUUUCAUAAGUCCGUUAUCGGAUUUUUACGAUUACUUUUUCCAAUUUAUUACACUUAACAAUCGGUUAGUUAACUAAAAAGUUAUUAAAGGUUAAUAUAAUGUUGUUGUUACUGGAAGUCGUCAGUAGACUUAUAUGUUAAAUUUUUUAAACCAAAUUUAAUAGGCUUUUUUAAAUUUGACAGCAACCCCUGUCUUGCCUCAUGCACGGACUCCCCCUCUCCACCCCGUACCUGGCCAAGGAUUUCCUGCACCACCUACGUCUACGACUACCCCGACACGGGAGGAAGGAAGGAAGGAAGGAAUUAAAUCUAUAAAUCAGGCUUGAAUCGGAUUACUGGCACAGAUUAUAAAGGUUUAAUUUUUCUAAAGUGCUUGACACACAACCAUUGGAUUUUGAAUCCAUCCUGGUCCUUAUUAUAAAACCAACCUUUGGUCAAAAUAAAAUUAACUAUUUGGUAGGUAAGUUACACAUUUAUAAUAAUUCUAGGCACUUUUAA